AUGUCCCGUGACUGGCUACCCACUCUCCUGGGCCUGCUUAGUGGGGCCUGGCUGCCCACAGGCUCAGGGAGGCCUGGGACCCCUGCUGCCCCUGCUCAGCCCUGGGCUGCAGUCAAUCAGACCCAGGCUCUGGUUGCAGGGGCCCGGGCCCCCCUGGUGCCAGCCCUUGCCCUUGGCAGCUGGAAGGCCUUCCUGGGCCUGCAGAAACUCAGGAGGCUGGGCACAGAUGGGCAGCUGCAGGAGCGGGAGGUGGCCACCUCUGUGUCUUUGCCACUGGACCCUAGAGAAGUGACCGAGGAAAUGUGUAGGGCUGUGCCCUUCAUUCAGGUGCUCUCCCGACCCGGCUGCACUGCCGUCCGUGUCCGCAAUCACCUCUGCUUUGGCCGCUGCUCAUCCCUCUACAUCCCCGACUCGGACCCCCGCCCGCUUGUCCUCUGCAACAGCUGCGCGCCCACUCGCCAGCGCUGGACAUCCGUGGUCUUGCGGUGUCAGUCGGGCAGCCCAGCGUCCCCUCGGCGGGUGAAGAUGUCCACCAUGCUGGUCGAGGGCUGUCAGUGCCGACCGAAGCUGAGAGCUGAGCCUCAGGAUGGACUCGCGGGCAGACGCGGAUCUCGGCGCGCUGGGCGAGGCGGGAAGACGACGCUGACCUGGAUGAUGGACUCCGGGUCGUGAGACCAGGGAAGCAGGGCCAGACAGAGCUCCCCAAAGUCACCCUGCUCCCGGGGACACUAGACACAGUCCCAUUCACGGGGCCACGAGCAGCAGGCACGUCCUGGCCGCUCAUGGUUCGCUAGGCUGUCUUUGACAAGUGCUAACCCUUGACCUCCGUGACCUCAGAGGCCUGACGAGACAGGGGUCGACAUGGUGCCGCUUUACAGAUUAGGAAACUGAGGCCCUGACUUUGCCAAGUCAUGCACCAGGGUCACACAGCGGUCAGGGGCAAAGCCAGCAUUCAGAUGUCUUUGCUCCUGUUUUUGUGGUACUGGGGGUUGAAACCAGGGGCGCUCCACCACUCAGCUAUAC